UGUAAUCUCCUUUCCCCUCUCGCACGCUCUCUCCUCACCUACUCUGUUCUUCCCCUUACCCCUCUUGUUCUUCCUCGAUUCCUCAUCUCCUCUAGUUCGGGCCCUGACAAAAUCCACGUCUAGACAGGACUGGGCAACAUCUGAAAUUCAUGAUCGCUGCAGAGGACCGCAGUCUGCAGCUGAGCUUCUUAAGGUAAUCGCUGCAGAGGACUGCAGUUGAGCUUCUUGAGGUAAUCGCUUCAGUGGUCUGCAGCUGAGCUUUCUUCAGGUAAUCCCAUUGCCAGCGAAAUAUCCGAUGCAUGAUUGCUGUCUUUAGUUAAUCAUGCUGCUUCUUUAUCGUGUCAUUUUUUUGUGCCAGCGAAAUAUCUUCUCCUGCAUGCAUGAUUGCUGUCUUUAGUUACAGGACAUGCUGCUUCUUUAUCGUGUUCAGGACGCUUUGGACCAAUCAUCCACACAGUGUCAUCUUUGAUUCAAAGAAAUCCCAUUGGAAUUCUGAGAAGUGGGCUUCUUUUAAAUGUUUUCGUAUAAGAACCUUUUUUUAUUCAAAGGAAUUAUAUGGAAUUUUGGAGGAUUCUGUUCUUUGGGAUUUCCCCCCUAUAAAGCUUGUCUGAUUUGUUGGACUGAGAACCAUAUGAAUUUCAUGCGCAAUUCAAAAGAAGAAUAUUUAUUGAGUCUAACCUCAUGUAUUUGUUCCAUUCAAAAGUGACAUGUUAAGAGUUUGUGACAUGUCUCAUGCUAAAGUGUAGCGCUGUCUAAUGUUUUCCUAAAAGUGUAGUAUAGUAAUAGUAUUGAAAAAGAAGUGUAUUGUCAUGAGCGAUGAGAAUCUAAGAGCCAGAUCUAAUAGACUCAUGAAGAAUGCAUUUUUUCUUGUUUUAAGGGUAUUGUGUUUGUAACUGCAAAUGGAUCACCGAACUAUUACCUCACAAAAAGUUUUUUUUCUUUUCGAAAAGGGUUUAUCCCCUGCCUCUGCAUCAGAGUGAUGCAUACGGCCAAUUACCUCACAAAACGAAAAGUACUGCAGCGUAUUCUAUUUGAUGAAAGCGCAGAACCAAAGGCCCUAUCGUUAUCACUUCUGGAGCACAUCACCAACAGUUUCUCUGAUGACAAAGAAAUUGGCUGUGGUGGCUUUGCAAGGGUUUAUAAGGGAAUGCUUGACAAUGGCACUGUUGCUGUGAAGAAGCUUUGCAAUAUGCUUGAUAUGGAUGAGAAGAAAUUCAGCGAAGAAAUUCGUUGUCUGAUGAAGGCGACGCACAAAAAUGUAGUACGGUUCCUAAGAUAUUGCUCUGACAGACAAGGGGAAAUGGUAAACUGCGAGGGAAAACUUGUCUUAGCAGAUGUACGACAAAGGCUACUCUGCUUUGAAUAUCUACCUAAAGGCAGUCUAGAUAAGCACAUCACCGAUGUAUCUUGUGGACUUGAAUGGAGAAAGCGCUACCAAAUCAUCAAUGGAAUUUGUGAUGGUUUAUAUUAUCUGCACCAAAAUCACAUCGUUCACUUGGAUCUUAAGCCGGCAAAUAUACUGCUAGAUGAUACUAUGUUGCCGAAAAUUGCUGAUUUUGGUCUAUCGAGGUGCUUUGAUGAAAAGCAAAGCCGGGCUAUAACAUCAAAACGUGACCUAGCCGGCCGCCACCGCCCAAAAAGCUAGGGUUCUCCGCCUCCCGCCGGCGCCGGCGCCGAUCCGUCCCGUCUCCGGGGGCCUUAGGGCCAUGGAGGCGGAGUGGAUCUCAGCCCUUGCCGGUGGGAGGGCUCUAUUUUUAGAUCUUUUUUCGAGCUUUGUUAGGGUUGUGUCCUGCUCAGGAAGACGAGACGGUGGUGGCUUCCUGAAGAUGGAAUAAAGGUCUCCCCGCCUAGCCCCCGUUCCGGUGAUGCGUCGAGCAUCAUAGGUAGGCGUGUGGAGGUGUGUCUCCGGCUGAUCUGUCUUUGGUGGAUUUGCUCGGAUCUCUUCGUCGUUUGUUUUUGUUCAUGUGUCUUCAGGUUGGUUCCUUCUGAUCUAGACUCUUCAUCCGCGGCGGUUGCUGUUCUGAUGCGUUGGUUCUAUGGGGCCUUAGCACGACGACUUCCCGACUGUCUACUACAACAAGGUUUGCCCGGCUCCGGCGAGGGAGGGGUGAUGACAGCGGCGCGCCUUCGGCUCGCUUCAGUGCUUGUAGUCGUCGCUAGGUGGUCUAUGGAUCUGGAUGUAAUCUUUACUAUUUCUAGUGUUCGUUGUACUACCUUGAUUGAAGAUGAAUAGAUUGAA